GAAAAGUUGGUUGGGGCGGACGCAGUUGCGUGAGGGGAUUUUGCCUUCUGCUGUACUGUGGAGCAAAGCUUGUUCCUCUCCCGCUCAGCCGCACAGGUUGAAUUGACCAAAGCAAUGGUUAUGGAGAAGCCUAGUCCCCUGCUGGUCAGGCAGGAAUUUGUGAGACAGUAUUACACACUGCUGAACCAGGCCCCAGACAUGCUACACAGAUUUUAUGGAAAGAACUCUUCUUAUGUCCACGGGGGAUUGGAUUCAAAUGGAAAGCCAGCAGAUGCGGUCUAUGGACAGAAAGAGAUCCAUAGGAAAGCGAUGUCACAAAACUUUACCAGUUGUCACACUAAGAUUCACCAUGUUGAUGCUCAUGCCACUCUGAAUGAUGGUGUAGUGGUCCAGGUGAUGGUUCUCUCUAUUAACAACCAGGCUUUGAGGAGAGUCAUGCAGACAUUUGUCCUUGCUCCUGACGGCUCUGUUGCAAAUAAGUUCUACGUUCACAAUGAUAUCUUCAGAUACCAAGAUGAGGUCUUUGGUGGCUUUGUCACUGAGCCUCAGGAGGAAUCUGAGGAAGAGGUAGAGGAACCUAAAGAAAGACAGCAGACACCUGAGGUGGUACCUGAUGACUCUGGAACUUUCUAUGAUCAGACUGUCAGCAAUGACUUAGAAGAACAUUUAGAGGAACCUGUUGCUGAACCGGAGCCAGAUCCUGAACCAGAACCAGAGCAAGAACCUGUAUUUGAAAUCCAAGAGGAAAAGUCUGAGCCAGCAUUGGAAGAAACUGCCCCUGAGGAUGCUCAGAAGAGUUCUUCCCCAGCACCUACGGACAUAGCAGACUUGAAGACAUUUUCUUGGGCAUCUGUGACCAGUAAGAACCUUCCACCCAGUGGAGCUGUUCCAGUUACUGGGAUACCACCUCAUGUUGUUAAAGUACCAGCUUCACAGCCUCGACCAGAGUCUAAGCCUGAGUCUCAGAUUCCACCGCAGAGGCCUCAAAGGGAUCAAAGAGUGAGAGAACAACAAAUAAAUAUUCCUCCCCAGAGCGGACCUAGACCAAUCCGUGAGGCUGGUGAGCAAAGUGAUGUUGAACCCCAAAGAAUUGUGAGACACCCUAAUAGUCACCAACUUUUCAUUGGCAAUCUGCCACAUGAAGUGGACAAAUCGGAGCUUAAAGAUUUUUUUCAAAGUUAUGGGAAUGUGGUAGAGCUACGCAUUAACAGCGGCGGGAAAUUACCCAGUUUUGGUUUUGUUGUGUUUGAUGAUUCUGAGCCUGUUCAGAAGGUCCUUAGCAACCGGCCCAUCAUGUUCAGAGGUGAGGUCCGUCUGAAUGUGGAAGAGAAGAGUACUCGAGCUGCCCGGGAAGGGGACCGUCAAGAUAACUGCCUGCGGGGACCUGGAGGCCCUCGAGGUGGGCUGGGUGGUGGAAUGAGAGGCCCUCCCCGGGGAGGCAUGGUGCAGAAACCAGGAUUUGGAGUGGGAAGGGGAAUCGCUCCAAGGCAGUGAAUUGCUCUUCAAUUGAUCUUCACGCAGCAGUACAAAUCUCCUAGCUCCUGCAGAAUGGUGAAUUUCUUACACCAGCGUUUGGUAUCCUGGAGUUUGACCCUAGUCUAUUAUAAACUGCUUAAGUUUGUACAAUUUUACUUUUUGUGUUAAUUAUGUGUGCUCCCUUUCCCGCCCUUCCCUCUCCUCACCUUUUAGUCCUUCACUUCCAAUUUUGUGGAAUGAUAUUUUAGGAAAAACAGAUUUUUAAAGAAGAGAAAAAGACUGAA